UAUCAAAACAACUGGGGAAAAUGGCGCGGAGAUUCAACCGCCCGGGCGCGCGCUGGAGGGAGACAGACAGACAGACAGAGCGCGGGAGAUGGGAGGAGGGCGGACUGUGGGCGGGGACGGAGACGGACUCCAUGCCUGUUAUACAAUCUGCGCUUACAUAAGGUCGCAGGGAAGGGCAAAUAUACUAAAGGCUCCUCUAGUGUCUUUCCUCCACUCCUGAGUUGGCCCGGGACUGAUUCUCGCCGCUGUCCCGUCCCCCCCCCCCCGAUACCAGAUGAAGGCGGCCGGCACCAGGUUCUCUAUCCGGCUGGAGAGCCUCAAGCGUCUGCCCGCGGUCGGCGCUCCCGAGGCAGCGGGCAAUGAACGGCUGUCCAAGAGGCCCAGACGCCCGGUGCAGGAUAACGCGAGUGGACGGCAGCUUGCGGCCCAGUCCGGGGCCACGGCGGCCGGCGACUCUGAUGGCGAUAGCACCGGGGAUGAGCAGGUAGCGUUUAACCAGUCUGAGGAGUUGUCAGUCUACGAAAAAAAACGAUUGAAAAACAUUCAGGAAAAUGCUGAGUUCUUUGCAUCAUUAAACAUGCUGGAGACGGCUAAAAUGCUUUGGGAAGUUAGUGGAAAAGGACCUAGGAGACAGAAUACACCCAAAAGAGAGAAGGUUAAAGACUCCGGAGAGCAACGCAUAGUUCGCCGGUCACAGCGGCUACUGAUGCUGAAAUCUACCGACUCCCCAGAACCAGAAUUACUGAUAAAAACGUCAGAGGAGCAGGUAUGUAUCACUUCCACAUAUCUCAGACUGGGAUUUGUCCCAUCUUAUUUAGAUGGAAGGGGAAAGGUUGAUAGCACGAGGUAUCAGAUUGCAGACCAGUUCUCUGGACCUCUUACAAUGGUCGCUAUUGAAGAAAAGGACAGCAAAAAAACUGAGGAUCUGAUGAAGACGUGGCUGGAGAUUAGUCAGGGCAAAUCUCGGGUUAAAACAAAACAACCAAAAGAGUUAAAGACCUACAAGUCCAGUUUGAAAAGGAUGACGAUCCAAGAAAGCUUUGUUGCAAAAGUAACACCAAAACGAGUGUGCGCACUGGCUAUUCAUCCGUCUGAGCAGAGGUUCCUGGUGGCUGCAGGAAGCACUUAUGGAUAUAUUGGAAUUUGGGAUCUGAGUUCUCGGGUCAAUGAUGUAGUUGCUGUUGGUCAGUUCAAACCUCACUGUAGUUCGAUUAACUGCUUACACUUUUCUCCUGCUAACUCUGCUGAGAUCCUAUCAGUGAGCAAUGAUGGGACCAUUCGCUGUGGAAAUGUUGCUGCUGCAGUCUUCGAUGAGGUGUAUGUAUCCAAAGAUUGGAAUACCUCUUCUUUUGACUUCUUGUCUGAGGAUGGGUCCACCUUGCUUGUCAGUCACUGGGAUGGAAAUGUGGCUAUAGUGGAUAGACGAACCCAAAGCAAUUCAGGAGAACUGAAUGCACACCUGGGCCUGAACUAUUUACGAAUGGUCAGUGUUCACCCAUUGGAUCGGCAUUACUUUGCAACUGCUGCAGCACAGUGUGCAACUAUUUAUGAUAUCCGAAAUCUAAAAAGAUCAUCAGCAAAAGCUGUGGCGCACAUGAACCCCCACUCCAGACGUGUAAACUCGGCCUACUUUUCACCGGUUACUGGUAACAGUGUGGUGACCACCAGCAUGGAUGACAUGAUCAGAGUAUUUGAUACAAAUUCCAUCAUUCCUGAGAUUCCUUGUGUGGCAUCAAUAACUCAUAACAACGACACUGGACGUUGGCUUACCAAAUUCCAAGCCGUGUGGGAUCCUAAAAAGGAAGAUUGCUUUGUAGUGGGGAGUAUGGUCAGGCCCAGGCAGAUUGAUGUGUUCCACAGUACAGGAAUCAAGGUUCAUGAAUUCAAGCAUGCUGAAUGGCUGGGGUCUGUGUGCUCCAUUAAUGUCAUGCACCCAACCAAAAAUGUCUUGGUUGGUGGAAACUCGAGUGGCCGACUUCAUGUGUUCAUGGACAAUGGAUUAAGUGGAUAGAUGGUGGCAUCCACACAAAAUAGAGGGCCACCUCUAUCAUUGUAGAGACAGCAGGAAUCUUGACAUGUCAAAUGCUGUGAUGAUAUUUAUGUGGGAGUUUGGUAUUUAGUGUGGGGAGAAAAAAUAGCUCAAAUAUAUCAAUAAAAAUACCAGCAAAGUCCUUCAACCAUUCCCCGCUCUCCUUGCCGUUUCCUCCCCACACGUUAAAACACUGCCACUUUAUACCAUAUUCACCAUUCCAAAAGCAGUAAUUUUGUAUUAGGUUAGCUGAGUAUUUGUGGUGCCAAAUUUUAUAUGUGUACAUAAAAUGUAAGUGAUCAACAGGAUACAAACAGAUUUGACACCAUCAUUCUGGAAUGGGGUUUUUUCUGCAGACUGCCCUCUGUAGAAAGUCAAUUAGAAUAUUUUCUUGAAGGUUAAAAUGUUGCUUUUCACAGUAGACAUUGCAAACUAGAAUGUGUGGAGCGCUGCAAAGUAUUCUUGUUGUGAUAUGUUUUAAGUAGUGUCUGUCCUGCUUUGACAUUUCUGAUGUUUCAGGAGUUUUAAAAUAAGGUUGAAAUAAAUUGCACUUUUUAAAAUUUUAAA